CGAGACAGCGUUUUAUGCCCUGUUUUUUUUUUAAAUGAAACGCUGUCCGGGACAGCGUUUCAUGGCCAUAUAUCAGCAUGUUCACUUCAGCAGAAUGCGCAAGAACUCAACCUCAACCUCAACGCUUUCCCUCCUCCCUCUCACACUAAACCACGACCGUACUCAAACACCCGCAUUGCCGCCGCCGCCCACCCUUGCGCCACCGCUACUGCCGCCACCUUGCUGCUGCCCUCCUCCCUCUCACACUCACUCACUCAAUUUCGUGAUACGAUGGACGGUGAAGAUCGUACGCCUGGACCCGUUGACCCUUCUGUGCUUACACUACAGGGCACACACCGCAGCGUUGCCGUAUGGGAUCAGACGGUUGAUCCGGCAAAGCAGCUCGUUUGCAGGCAUUACACCACCAGGUUCAUGGUGGGGUGGGGAAUCGAUCCUCGCGUUUUGGCGUACGUCGAGUUUGUCGGUUUAGGUGGUUUUCACCGUAUGGCGUAUAGGGAGAUCGAUCGAGCGCUUGUCACUGCGCUCGCGGAGAGGUGGAGACAGGAGACGCACUCCUUCCACCUACCUGUUGGUGAGACGACCGUUACGUUACGGGACGUGGCGAUUCUUACGCGCCUUCCAGUACAUGGGUCUGCGGUGACAGGACACGCGUUAGUCGAUCCCGUCGGUUUGGUUGGUCGGGUACUUGGUGUCCAGCCAGGUCCCGCCGAUAUUAGGGGAUCCGGGUUGAGGACCGGCUGGGUCCGUGAGACUUUCCGUGAGCUACCACCAGGGGCUGAUGACGCCCAGGUUCAGAGAUACGCCCGGGCGUACUUGUUCUUCCUCAUCUCGGGCGUGUUGUUCGGGAAUAAGAGCGGGAGCCAUCUCCAGCUCAUUUACGUGCAGCUGUUGGACCACGACUGGGAUCAUAUCCGAGGCUACAGCUGGGGUAGCGCCUGUCUGGCGACGUUGUAUCGCCAGCUGUGCAGAGCAUCCCACGUAGGUGCUAACGAGAUUGGAGGUCCCCUGAUUGUCCUCCAGUUCUGGGCUUGGGAGCAUAUCCAUGUAGGCAGACCUGCGAUACACCGUCGGGGGGAGCAGGACCAGGACGACCAGUACCAGGCGUACGAUGCUCCCCCGCUCCCUACACCGGAUGAGGCAUAUGGUUGCAGGUGGGUGGUACCCAGGCUGACACAUGCUCAUGCGGCGAGGGGUCUUCCGUAUUACCGAGACGCCCUAGACCGACUCACCGAGGACCAGGUGACAUGGGACCCGUAUGUACCUGACUUGGUAGAUGCCAUGCCUCCACAUCUGCUAGACCAUCAGGCGGAGUGGCGUGCUAGGGUCCCCCUGAUCUGUUUCGAGGUUGUGGAGAGUCACCUGCCCGACCGAGUCAUGAGGCAGUUUGGACUACGCCAGACUAUCCCACAGGGGUGUGACACUAGUGUACAGCUUCACGGCAUUGAUCGUCGGGGAAAGGGGGAGACCAGCUGGGCGCUGGAGCAUUGGCGUUUCCUUCAGCUAUGGGAGCAACGGUUGGAGUUCAUCGUUGGAGGUGAUCUAAUGCAGGGGGCUAUGGAUCCCGACGAUCCGUACAUGGUGUGGUACAGGCGUAUCACACGACGCUUCAUCAACCCCAGCUACGCACCACCAUCCACACAUUACCAUCCAGCAUAUGACAUCAUUAGCGGAUAUGCGGCGGAUAUGGUGGCGAUGGUUGAUGCGCUAUCAGUCUCCCUUGAGUGCGGACCCACUAGAGCCCAGGUCGAGCAGGUGCGAGAUAUGGGCGUCGCUACCUUACGGAGAUAUGGUCACGCUCAUCUCGUCCACCGGCGGGACGGUCAUGAUGGCAACUCACAGUUCGAUCUCGGCCAGAGCAGCGGUGGAUGUGAUCCUACGUCACCCAGACACGCAGAGGAUUACAACAUCCACAUUAAUUUGGUGGUUGGACUGUUGUUGGGCUGUUUUGAGUUUUCUGCAGUGCUUAAAGUUGACGGAACUCCCAGAAUAUGGUGGUGGUACGUGGUGGGGAGUGGCGGAGUUGGUGGUCGACGGUGGUGGGGUAGGGCUGUGGAGCUGGCUGUUGUGGUGGCUGUUGGAGGACUGCAGCAUGCAAGCUGUUUGCUGAAGCUUGUUUUCUGCCUGGAUGCUGGUUGCUGUUUCCAGCAGAAAAGCGUUGUCUGA